AGCCCCCUGCACAGCCCCUCCUCUCUCUGACGCAACGAGACGACCUCUGAACCAGGAAGUGGAGUUGGGAGUCGACUCCGGUGGUUGUCUGAGCAAGAGCCCGGCUCAUACCUUCACUGCACCGCGGAGAACGACGCUCAGGACUGAGUCCUUCGCUGCUGCUGUUGUUAUUCUGCCUCGGUGCGUCCACAUCAUCUGUCCUAAGCCGACUCGCGAUAGCUUGUGCAGAAUCAACGACAUGCAGCAGACGCCCAACACGCAGCCAACCGUCGCCAGAAGCCACAAAUAUGAGGAGCAGCAGCAGCAACAUGACCUGGACACCAAUAAUCAGCCUGAAAACCCCAACCCACACUCCAAACCCCGGCCCGUUGCUGCCACCAUCACCGCCAAGAAGAAGAAGACCUUCCAGUGCCCCGCGUGUGCGAAGGCGUUCAAGCAGUCGUCGCACCUCCAGAUCCACCUGAGGUCCCACACGGGCGAGAAGCCCUUUGUGUGCGCCGCGUGCGACCGGCCGUUCCGGCAGCUCGCCCACCUCCAGAUGCACCUGAGGACGCACACGGACGAGAGGCCGUUCGCGUGCUCCCUAUGCAGCAGGGCGUUCAAGCAGUCGGCGUCCCUCGGCGUCCACCUGCGGACGCACACUGGCGAGAGGCCGUUCGCGUGCAGUGUCUGCGGGAAGGCGUUCGCCGAGUCGGCGCACUUCCGCAAGCACCUGAGAACGCACACGGGCGAAAGGCCGUUCGUGUGCACCGCGUGCGGCCGGGCAUUUGGUGAGCGUUCGUAUCUGCACAACCACCAGCGGACGCACACGGGCGAGAGGCCGUUCGCGUGUGGCAUCUGUGGGAAGGCUUUCGCACGCUCCGAGGCCCGCAGGAGGCACGAGAAGAUCCACAUGGCGGCGGAGAUGGAGCUGGAGACGGCAGCAGUGGCGAUGGAGAUGAACAAGGCGACGGCGAUGGAGACGGAGAAGGCGACGGUGGAGACGAAAAAGGCGACGGUGGAGACGAAAAAGGCAGCGGCGAUGGAGACGAAGAAGGCGGUGGAGACGAAGAAGGCGGUGGAGACGAAGAAGACGGUGGAGACAAAGAAGACGAUGAUGAAGGUGGUGGUGAUGGAGAUGAAGAAGGCAGCAGUGAUGGGGACGAAGAAGUCAGCAGUGAUGGAGACGAAGAAGGCAGCGGUGAUGGGGAUGAAGAAGACAGCGGUGAUGGGGACGAAGAAGGCGGCGGUGAUGGGGACGAAGAAGGCGGCGGUGAUGGGGACGAAGAAGGCGGCGGUGAUGGAAAUGAAGAAGGCGGUGGUGACGAAGAUGAAGGUGGUGGAGGAGUUGAGACGGGAAAGCCAAGUCGCCGCUUCGAGCCAGCCUGGCGCGCGGCAAGAGCCGGAGAACCACGGCACCGGCUUUUUGGCGACGUGGCCGACAGUGAAGGUGGAACGCAUAGAGGCGGACGUGGAAUGUGGCGGCGGUGGCAACGAAGAGGCUGAAGCAGAAGAGGAAGAGGUCAAGAAGGUGGCGAAUUUGAAAAGUGAAGGAGUGACGGUGAAAUGCGAGGGGGAGAUGUGAAAGACGACGAAGAUUUGGGGGGGGGGGGGGGUGGGGGGGGGUUACCUCCUGCUGGACGUUACCUCGGUACCUCGGGAUAGAGGUGUGUGCGGUGGUGUUUGGAGUGUAAUGCAUGGUGGUAGUGGUGAUGAUAUAGGUGGUGGUGGUGGUGGAAGUGCUUAUAAUGGAGGUUGUGGUGAUCGUGGUGGUGGUGGUGUACAGUGCAGUGCAAACUCGUAGGUCUGCUUGAGAAGCCACAAGCUUUUGCAGCAGUGCUAAGCUGUGUGUUUGCAGCAGUGCUUAGCUGUGUUUGCAGCAGGGUGUGUAGCUCUGCGUGCAGCAGGGCAUAGCUGUGUGUGUGUCCAGCAGUGCUUAGCUGUAUGUGCAGCAGUGCCGCUUUUAUGUGAAGCAGUACGUACAUAGUUGUGUGUGUGGACCUGUGUGUUGUAUCAGUGUUGGGCCAAGUGCUCUUAGUAGUGAGUAGUAGCAGCACCUAUGAAGGCCGGUACUGUGGCACACACAGGGGGUGGGUAGUAGCC